AUGUCGACGGCUUCAGCUUCUUUAAAGCCCAUCGUCUUUUAUGACAUUGCCGCGCGUCCUCCGGUGGAGAAAAAUUGCUUCUCGCCAAACCCUUGGAAAAGUCGCUUCGCGCUUAACUUUAAGGGUGUCCCUUACUCCACGUCAUGGGUAGCCCUGCCAGAUAUCGCCAAAGUCCGCGAGAGCCUCAAAGUACCAGCGUGUCGCAAAUUCGCCGACGGAAAGGACUUUUACACCCUACCUAUAAUUGAAGAUCCUACCACUGGUUCUUUGGUCGGUGACUCUUUCGAUAUUGCGCUUUACCUGCAGAAAACAUACCCGAACUCUGGUGGUAACCUCUUCCCACCUCAGACACUUGAUUUCGAUUUCAAGCACCCUUACAUCCUUGUGCCGCUUUCUGAGUGCCGCGACAGUGAAUUCCCAGAAUAUGCCAAGUUCAACAUGAACAUCGAUGCGGCCUUCACAGCGCAUACCCAACUUGCCGUGCAGGGAAUGCCAUUUGAUCCAGCUACCGAGGAGCUGAGCAAGGCUGAGUUUGUCCGGCGUGCGGGGGUCAAACAGUGGGACGACUUUGCCCUGGAUGGCGAGGCGCGAGGGAAGCUGAUGGAGUCUUUUCAAGAAACGCUUGGCGGUCUGGCAAAACUAUUUUCCAGAGAUGGGAGUGGACCCUUCUUGCUUGGUGCAACGGUUAGCUAUGCAGACAUGAUGGUUGGUGCGUGGUUGAGGAUGAUGUACGCCACUAUGCCUGAGGACGAAUGGAAGCAGGUCACUACUUGGCACGAUGGUAUCUUUGGCCAUUUGCACGAUGCGUUGAAUGCGUAUGCAAAUGUCAAGUAG